AUGCAACCUUUGAGCUGGUAUUCAGAAAAUAAUGUGAUCGUUCGCACAAACGAAAAGACGAUCAAAAUCGACACACCACAAAAUGUGAAUGGUAUCUCUGCGAGUGGAACAUCUGUACCUUACGAAACCUAUUUGACAGAUAUCAUAAGUUAUAGUAAAAUUUCCAAAUGUGGUGCCGUUUUCAGUGAUGGUAUAUUGGUCUUUAAGCUGCCAAAGCUUCGAUUUGAUGGCUUUGGGUUGAUCAUUGAAAUGGAAAAUACCACGUACGAAGAAGAGAAGGUUUUGGAGAAUGAAUCAAUUCCAUUGGAUAUGGUGAUCGUUCUUUUCUGCGGUUAUGAACGAACGAGUGUUCCUAACGUUUACACAACUGGCGAAGUGACUUUAUACGGUGGUAUGAUUUAUGGACUUGUCGUGCUCGGUUAUGACAUGGAAGACUUUGAUGAUGAUACUGAACGAUUAUGCCAAACUUCACGAUCCUAUGAAAUCAAAGUAAGCCUCCUGACGAACUUAUCCUUUGUGUUAAAAUGGACAAGCUCUAGGUGCUGA